UUUCUUCCUUCCCUUCAACUCACAGUCACAUUGAACGCGAAACACGAUGCCUGCUGCUGUCCCACUAUCUGACUCGCAAAUACCAGCAAACCCGCCCGAUCUCUCGAAAAAGCUGCCCAAACUCAUACCGCGACGAUCAAAACCAUCAGACGAAGCCCCCGCCAACCCACCUCCACCAACACCUCCACUUGCUGCGGUCGCGAAUCUCGAGAGCCACAAAUACCAGACGCCGGCAAGGCGCAUUCUAUCUCAGCGCGACCAUGAACUCUUCAUUGCUUCGCCAACGCACGACUUGAUCGUCAGCUUCGUCUUUCACCUAUCCGACUCCGUCCAUAACACUACCAUCCGGAGUGUACAAUCCUCAGAAGCAGCUCAAGAUGCUUCGAUCCUCGCACUUCUGGCGGUGCUCGACGAGGCAGACGAGCUUUUGAAGAAGCAUCCGGCUCUCGACACUGGCUCUCGCUUCGGCAACCCAGCAUUUCGCGAUUUCCUCGCCGCGGUCGACGAAUCCCUUCCAUCAUGGCAUACCAAGCUAGGCGUAGACAACAGCGAAGCUCAAAAAGAGAUUUCCACAUACCUAGCCAGCGCUUUCGGCAACGGCAGUCGAAUAGACUACGGUUCCGGACACGAACUCAAUUUCAUCCUCUGGCUCCUCUGCCUCCGCCAGGUCGGAGUACUCAGAGACGACACUUUCCCCGCCCUCACGCUCCUAGUCUUUCCCCGCUACCUUCGCGUAAUGCGCGAUGUACAAACAGCAUACUAUCUCGAGCCUGCCGGCUCUCACGGAGUAUGGGGUCUAGACGACUACCAAUUCCUCCCCUUCCUCUUCGGCGCAUCACAACUAGUCGGACACAAACAUAUUCGACCUCUAUCAAUCCACAACCAACUCAUACUCGAAGAAUGCGGGAAAGACUACCUCUACCUCGAUCAGAUUCAAUGGGUCAAUGCAACGAAAACGGUCCGAGGCCUUCGGUGGCAUAGUCCCAUGCUGGACGAUAUCAGCUCGGCGAAGAGUUGGGCGAAAGUGGAAGCUGGGAUGAAGAAGAUGUUUUUGGCAGAGGUGUUGGGGAAGUUACCUGUGGCACAACACUUCUUGUUUGGGUCACUGCUACCUGCUACGGAGGAAAUGAGCAAAGAUGCGGAAGAGAGAGUUGGAGAUGAGGAUGUAGGGGAAAUUGAAGUCACAGUGGAUGGAAUGAAGCACGUCCAUACGGCGAAUAGCUGGGGCGACUGUUGUGGGAUAAAGGUGCCUUCUGCUGUUGGUGCACGGCAAGAGAUGAGUAAGCAUGGUGCUGGAGGCGGACUGAGACGAGUGCCUUUUGAUUAGACCAAAAGAAAAAAAAAUUGAGCAUCUCGUGCAACGAAACAAGCUGCCUUCAUGACUUUACGC